AUGGUGUUGCUAGGGCUCAAGUUUGUGUUUGCCAGGGUCCGUCGCACACGCAAACAAAUCAGUGCGAUGGAAGUCAUUGUGAUUGUGGAUCCAAUCUCCACCGGAGCUCGGAUGGCAGAAGUUGCAUCGUCUCGUGGUUUUCGGGUGGUCUCUCUGUGGAGUAAAGAAUGCACACCACAGAUUCGGGGAGCCCUGGCAGGGAUUCGUGAUGGCUACGAAGCAGUGGAAGAGCAAGCUUCCAUUGCAGCGACCGUCGAGGCCAUCCAAGAUCAGCUGCGUCGCACUAGCCCAAGCUCUGCCACAGUACUGAGCGCUUGCAUCCCCGGAAACGAAACAGGGGUAAAGUUAGCCGACCUCAUUUCUCUACACUUGGGGCUUUUGCCCCAUGGCUCGGGGAACGCAACCUUUGCGGGCGGCGACCGUCGGAACAAACACGUGCAGCAGAAGGCACUGGAGAAGUCUGGGCUAAGGGCGGUUCGUGAAGUGUGUGGCUCCAAGUGGCAGGAUGUGAAGGAUUUCUUGGGGGAUCUAGGGCUUCCAAUGGUGGUGAAACCAGUGCAGAGUGCUGGCACUGACGGAGAAUUUCUUGCUGGUCAGGAGUAUGUUGUAGACCACGUCUCAAGAAACGGAGUGCACAAGACUGUGAUGACUUGGGUCUACGAGAAGAAAGCUUUGAAUGGCAGUACUUUCGUCUAUUUGGCCACGCGACCCCUCGAGACGAAGGAGUGUCCGCCGGAGAUGAUCUCAUAUACUCGUGCAGUGCUCGAUGCAUUGCAGGUUCGCAAUGGCGCAACUCAUGCCGAGGUCAAGAUGACUCCUGAUGGUCCUUGUCUCGUAGAAGUGAACAUGCGCAUGAUGGGUGCCAACGGUGCAUUCAUUUCUUUGGCACGAUUGCUUACAGGCACCUCUCAGGUAGAUGCAACUCUUGACUCCCUGAACCAGAAGCGUUUUGACGCACUCCCCGAUGUUCCCAGAGCCUUCGGCACUUCAGGGUUGAUGGUAUCAUUGGUGUCCUACUCCGCGGGCACAGUGACAAGCACACCGGGCUAUGAGAGGAUGAAGAAGCUGGCUACAUUUCUGGAAUUGCACACUUCCAUUUCAUGUGGAUCUGCAGUUGCCAUGACAGUCGACGUUUUUACGAUACCUGGCCUAUUGGUGCUGGCGGGCUCAAAUGACCAGAUCCGGGCAGAUGUUGCGGAGGUGCGACGUCUGGAGGAGGAAG